AUGGUGGUAGCGACACGAGCAGUAGUAGGAAUAGUGGGAGCGAUAACCGAGAAGAUCAAAGUGAUGCCUCGAGAAGAUCAAAGUGAUCCUUGUGGGAUCUUUGAGGAGCUUUCUCCGCUUCCGCCUGAAUCGUUGCACGACCCACGGGCUGAAGGUCAAUCAUGGAAGAACAUGUACGAUACUUGCUCCUCUCACAAGACUGUGAAGGAUUUGUUGAGGCGGAACGGAGGCGCCGGCAUCACCUAUAUUAUCCCUUCAGCGGAGCAGCGUCCUUGGUCACCGCCGGUUGGCUACCAGUGUGUGUAUGAGUCCUACUUCGGGGAUCACACAAAACUCUGGUUCCCAAUUUCCCGGUUGGUUACGUCUUACCCGUUUCGUCGGGAUAUUGCGAUCUGUCAGCUACUCAACGAGUCGUUUCUUAUUGCCGCCAUGCUGAUGGUAAUGGCUGCGGAGAUAGACAUUUCGAUGAGCGUGAAAGUUUUUGAGGAGUUGACUUUCACGAAGGCUGAACCACACGGGAUAUUCUUUUUGAAAAUGCGAUCGAACUAUAACGUCUUGACCGGGCAUCUGAACAAGACAAAGGACUGGCAGCUUCGCCAUCCGAACACGAUCGCAUACCCAGAGAAGUUCUUCGAGAGUUCUCGGGCGAUUUCGACGCACAGCCAUCUUCGUUGGGCAGAUCUCAGCCGGGAGUGGAUUCGUCGUCAGCAGGAUCGGAUUGCUAGAGUUGAUUGGGAGUCGAGACUUCCUUGUGUAGUAGGUCCUCGCAAGUCGCGCUUGUCUUUUUUUACUCGGAAGAAGCAAAAGAUCCUGAACAAGGCUAGAGAAAUGGAAGGGGUCCCGGAUUUGAGUGCCUUACUAAAAGGGGAGCUGCAGUUACUUUCGAAGAAGUCGUCUGCUGCUGAUACUUCGGGAACGGCCGAGCCUAGCUCGAUUGGCGGGGAUGUUAACAUGGAGCCACUUGCUCGGAGUCCUAAAAGGAAAGCGGCGAAAGGGGCCAAGACGAAGAAACGAGCUGUCGAAGGACAGCAAUCUGCAUCUUUCGAAGAGAGUGCUUCCCUCGAGAGGGCACCGCCUCCCACCGAAGCUUCCAAGAGCCCGAAGAAGAAGAAGAAGAAGAAGGAAGGGAAGAAGAGGCCUCGGGAAAAACCUACCUCCACUGGCGAUCGAGAACCGCCACAGAAGACCUUUUUGAGACUGUGCGCGGAGCUGACACGCCAGAUCCGUUGUGGGACGAGGGAGCUACCGCCAAUAGGAUAUCUUUAUUUCAAGGACGAGUACAUCGAUGCUGCUUUCAUGAGGAAGCGGAGCGACGAGAGCAUGAACUACCUUGUCGAGAAGUACGACAGCACCCUGAAGCAGACAAUGGUUCAACUGGGAGUUUCAGAGAAACUCGUUCAGGCAAGGUUAAAAGCGAUCGAGAGAGUGAGGGCUGAACACAAGAAAGCCAACGACAAGGCUGCUGAAGAGAAAGAGGUCCUUCGAGUGAAAUUCGAGGAGCUCGAAGGCAAGCUCAAUUCUGAUAGGACUUCGAAGAAAGAACUCGCUCGGGAGAAGGCUCGCCUAGAGCAGGCCAGUGUGGCUCUCGAGAAGGAGAAGGCCGAGCUUCGUGAAGAGAGGGAAGCUGCUGUGGAGAAGUUGAUCAAGGAGAGACAACGCCUGAAGGACUCGCGAAGCUUAGAGGUUACUUGUGAAAGGGAAAGGGUCCAGGCUGCCAUGACUGAUAAGGCGAAUCGCUCGCACGAAAUAGAUCAAUCUUCGGCCAAAAACGCUUCAAGGAAAGACGAUUUAACAUCGUCUGCUGACGCAAACGCUUCGGACGUCAAAACUCAACACGAGUCCGAAGCCGACGCUACAACUCAACCGGAACAUCCGGAAGAGAACGCUGACCCGGCCACGGUCGCCACGAUCAGUGGGGUUAGCACGGCGACAACCGCCGAGUAA